CGACGUCCGUGACACUGCAAUCCACAGUAAACACAGACUGUCGCCCCACCGAGAUCAAGCUAGCUAUCGGUUACCUGAGCAGAAAGGAGAUGGAUACUUUCAGCAAGAUAGUACUGCCUGUUGCAGUACAGGAAUCAUCCAGGACUGGUAAAAUUAGGCUUCUUUGUUGUUCCCCUAGUGAUGUGCUUGCCCCGUUUGGCAUAGUGAGAGACUAUAGCUGAACCCCCUCCCUGUCCUGUUGCUGUUUCCCCCUGAAGACCUCCACCACUACCUCCUUCCUCAUCCUCCAUCUUCUCUUCCUCCCUCCGGCCGCCCCUGUGAUGCCUCCCUCGUGCUGUGGCUGCCUGUCACAGUACACCCAUCAUCAUCUGGUUGCCUUCCUCCUCACCUUCUUUAGCUAUGUGUUGCUACAUGCGUCCAGGAAGACGUUCAGCAAUGUGAAAGUGAGCAUCUCAGCCCAGUGGACGCCAUCUCUCCAGAAUGACAGCGCGUCCGCUUUCUCCCCUGGCGAGACAUGGGAGGAAAAUCGUCUGUUUGCAGAUGAAAAGCAGGCCACUCUGUUCCUGGGAGCUCUGGACUCCAUCUUUCUCUUCUCAUAUGCAGUGGGUCUGUAUUUAAGCGGGAUGAUUGGGGACAGAGUGAACCUGCGCUACGUGCUCUGCUUCGGCCUGUGUGGCUCUGCUGCAGUGGAGUUUGUGUUUGGCACCCUCACUGAAUGGCUCCACAUCUACAACAUCUAUCUGUACUGUGGCCUGUGGGUGCUGAACGGCCUGCUGCAGUCAGCGGUGUGGCCCUGCGUGGUGGCCGUCAUGGGCAACUGGUUCGGAAAGUCGGGCCGUGGCUUUGUGUUUGGCCUGUGGAGUGCUUGUGCCUCUGUAGGCAACAUCCUGGGGGCCUUCCUGGCUUCUAGCGUGCUCAAGUAUGGAUAUGAGUAUGCCUUCCUGGUGACCUCAGUGGUGCAGUUUGCUGGUGGGGUGGUGGUGUUCUUCGGCCUACUUACCUCCCCAAAAGAAGUCGGUAAGGAAGGUUUGAGCUUGGAGUCAGAGACUGGACUUGGCCCGGUGGAGACAGACACAGACAGCCACAGGCCUUUGAUGAGCGACGAGGAGGAUGAGGUAGAGGAGUAUGGCAGACCAUACCAGUCAGUUCAGCAGCUGGACGAACCUCCGGCCGAGUCUCCUCAAGCCAUCGGCUUCUGCCAGGCUUUCUGUCUUCCCGGAGUGCUACCUUAUUCCCUGGCUUAUGCGUGUCUGAAGCUGGUCAACUACUCCUUCUUCUUCUGGCUUCCUUUCUACCUGAGCAACAACUACGGCUGGAAGGAGGCUGAGGCCGACCGCCUGUCCGUGUGGUAUGAUGUCGGAGGAAUCAUCGGAGGGACAGUUCAGGGUCUGAUAUCUGACUUCAUGGGAAAGAGAGCCCCAGUGUUGGCCUUAAGUCUGGCGCUGGCAAUGGGAGCCCUGGUGGGAUACAGCCGCUCACCUAAUGACCAGGUGAUAAACGCUGCACUGUUAGCUACCACUGGCUUCUUCAUUGGCGGUCCAUCUAAUAUGAUCAGCUCGGCCAUAUCUGCUGACCUGGGCAGACAGGACGCUCUGAGGGGUAGUCAGGAGGCUUUGGCUACUGUCACUGGCAUAGUGGACGGAACUGGAAGUAUAGGAGCUGCUGGGGGACAGUACCUGGUGUCCCUGAUUGAGAGCAAGCUGGGCUGGAUGUAUGUGUUCUACUUCUUCAUCGUCAUGACAGGGGGCAGCAUUCUGUUCAUCACUCCCUUGCUCCUCAAAGAGGUGCGUGUCAUGUGGAGAGACAGACGAGUGCUGCGCCGCCAGCUGUGAAAGCGACAACAUCUGCCAGCCAUAAUGUUUCUAUUCUUAUCAGUGACAGCGCAGCAGGGCUGCUCAGAAAUGGCUCCUUUUAGGUGCGUUGCGGGUGGUGGGAAGAUUAGAGGUUGAGCUGAAGUACCUAAAAGGAAAAAGGUUUUUAAAGGGCCCUGGCUGUCAGGCACAACCAGUCUGUGAAUUCAGGCCUUGUAGGGCCAUCACAGAAUGUACUAGUGUAUAUAUUUUAGGAUUUAAAGGGAUGUAAAAACUUAACUUUUGAAAAUGUAGAUGCUCUUGAGUCAAGUUGAAUGAAAUUUGGCCUCUUAAAUCAGGAGUUCUUAACUUAAAGUUUAGGCCCUCUGAGACAAUUUGAGGAUUGCCUAAAGAAUGUGAAUAAUAAUUUGUAAUGUAGAAAUUUAUUGUCAGCUUUUGUAGAUAUGUAUGAUAUUUUUGUUGUUUUUGGUUGAGAUAAUGAAUAUUGCACUACUGUAGUAUUCUUACAGUAAUUAGGCAAAGACUUGAAGAUUUUAGUGAACCACUUAGAUCUUAGCUGGGUUUUGGGAAACUUUCCCCUCGCAGCCACUUAAUUUCUCAUGUGUACAGUUUUGUGUAAUCAGGGUUAGAAACUAUACUGUAAAGCCUUUUCAUUACAGGGAAUUGUCCUCUCGAUUCUAUAUAUGUUAGUGACUGACUUGAUGUUCGCUUAUCAUUCCUUUUUCACUUCCUGUUCACUGGAAUGUUUACGCCUCAAGUUUCAGUGUCUUCAUUCACAGGAGAUCGCUGUGAAAACCCUCACACACACUGACAAAAUCACAAUUAGAAAAAUCUCCCAUGGUCUUCUCACACAUUCACUUUACAGUGUAGCAUGCCUAAUACACAUUGAAGUGUAAACUGCAUACUGACAUUGCAGAAGAGAAAAGUUUUGCCUCUUUGUAGCAGAAGCUGCACAACUUGACUGUGAAUCUUUGUCUGAACAUUGUCUGUUAUUAUGUUUUAAAGGCCAAUGAAGGUAAAAUACUAGUCUUUUUAUACUAUACUUACUCUUGAUCAGGGUGGGAAAGUUAUCAUACAACACCAGCCACGUGCUACGUAAUGUUUGGGCAGGUUGUCUACUUUACUAGACACUUUGCUCAGUAGCUGGCCAUCAUUUUGGGGGAGAUCAUUUUGGUUAAAAUCAGGCCACUGUGGCCAGUAGACACAACAGAUUUGCUCCGUUGCAUGUAAAUAUGUGAAUUGCCAUGUAAAGUGCUUUUGAGACAGGUUCCUUAUGCUUAACCUAGAGCAGUGGAGCUUAAAAUGAGACCUCCGGUGUCUCUGAACUUGCCAAGUAAAUAAUGUCAUAGAAUGUAAAUUGAAAUGUAUGUGGAAUGUGUAACAAUAUCUGUGGUGUAUUUCUUUCUUCUUUUAUUUGUAUUUAUAUGUACUUUAAGUUUUAACUAAUGUAUGUGCAAAUUUUAAUUUUAAAUAAAUUGACAUUUUGCAAAA